UCUCCUCCCUCUUUCCUACUGUCCCCACUUAGAACCCACAGGCUCUGGUGUGAUGUUCCCUGCAUGCCUGGGGGAGGAAUGAUGAGCAAGGGCUGACGCUGCAGGCAAGUGACACCCCGAAGCUGUAGAUUUCUUCAAGUCCAGGUCCGCACCAACCCAAGGCAGAGCGAUGGCCUUAUCUCUGGAAGAAUUCAUCCACUCCCUUGAUCUCAGGACCCUCCCCAGAGUCCUAGAAAUCCAGUCAGGCAUCUAUUUUGAAGGCUCCAUUUAUGAAAUGUUUGGAAAUGAAUGCUGUUUGUCAACAGGAGAAGUGAUUAAAAUUAUUGGUCUCAACAUUAAGAAGAUCAUAGCUGAAAUCUGUGAACACAUUGAAGAUUGUGAGCCCCCACAACCAUUUGAAUUGCCUAUGAAUUUUCCAGGUCUUUUUAAGAUCGUGGCUGACAAAACUCCAUACGUUUCUCUGAAAGAAAUUACAAGAACCAUUCAUAUUGGACCAAGUCGAUUGGGGCACCCUUGUUUCUAUCACCAAAAGGAUAUAAAACUAGAGAAUCUUACCAUAAAGCAGGGUGAACAGAUCGUGCUCAAUUCAGUUGAAGAGAUCAAUGGGGAAGUAAUGGUGAACUGUGCAGUAGUGAGGAAUCAUCAAAAUCACUCUUUUCCUUUGCCUUUGUCAAAAGAAGGUGAAUUUUAUGAGUGUGAAGAUGAACAUAUUUAUACCCUAAAGGAGAUUGUUGAAUGGAAGAUUCCCAGGAAUAGAACACGAAUUGUGAAACUUACGGAUAUUUCAAAUAAGUGGGAUUCAACAAACCCAUUCCCUAAAGACUUUCGUGGUGCUCUGCUUCUCAAGCCAGUUUAUGAAAUUCAAGCUGUGAUGAAAUUCCGAAAGGAUAUAGUCCGCAUCCUCCCCAGUUUAGAUGUGGAAGUCAAAGAUAUUACUGACUCUUACGAUACCAACUGGUUCCUUCAGCUGUUGUCUACAGAAGAUCUUUUUGAAAUGACCAGUAAAGAGUUCCCCAUGGUGGCUGAAGUCAUAGAAGCGCCUCAAGGAAAGAAGCUGCCUAGAAGCAUUUUACAGCCUGGGAAAACCAUUGUGAUCCACAAAAAGUACCAGGCGUCAAGGGUCUUAGCCUCAGAAAUUAGAAGCAAUUUUCCUAAAAGACACUUCUUGAUCCCCACGAGUUACAAAGGCAAAUUCAAGCGGCGACCUCGGGAGUUCCCAACAGCCUAUGACCUCCAGAUAGCAAAAAGUGAAAAGGAGCCUCUGCAUGUGGUGGCUACCAAAGCCUUCGAUCCCCUGCAUGGCCAGCUGUCAUCUGUGUCUGUUGGGGACCAGUUUCUCGUGCAUCAGUCGGAUACGACCGAAGUCCUCUGUGAAGGAAUAGAAAAAGUAGUGAGUGUUCUGGCUUGUGAAAAAAUCCUCAAAAAGUCCUAUGAGGCAGCUCUGCUCCCUUUGUACAUGGAAGGAGGUUUUGUAGAAGUGAUUCACGAUAAGAAACAGUACCACAUUUCUGAGCUGUGUCAACAGUUCCGCUUGCCCUUCAAUGUGAAGGUAGCUGUGAGAGAUCUUUCCAUUGAAGAAGACGUGUUGGCUGCCACACCAGGACUGCAGUUGGAGGAAGAUAUCACUGACUCAUACCUAGUCAUCAGUGAGCUUGCCAACCCCAAGGAAUGCUGGGAAAUUCCAGUUGCCCGCUUGAAUAUGACUGUUCAGUUAGUUAGUAAUUUGUCUAUGGACCCAGGAUCACUUUGUGUCCGGAGUGUGGUGGAAGAGAUUACUGAAGAACAAUAUUACCUGGUGCGAAGAUAUGAAAGCUCCCUCUUGCACCCCCCACCUCGUCCUCCCAAACAUCCCUCAGUGGAGGAGACAAAGUUGACUCUGUUAACUUUAGAUAAAGAAAGGACAAUGGACCCGCGUAAGUCUCCCAAGAGACACCGUGUAGCAAUAUCUAAGAAACUUCACUCAAAUCAAGGUGGCCUGGAUUCAGGAGUACUGCCUGGUUGUCAGAGUCAUUUGACUGAUGUGGCGAGAGAGAAGAAGAAACAAGGGGCACCACAGUGUCAGGCAUCAGUGUGACUACAGAAACCUUCAAAAAUGAAAAACAUCAAAAAAUAGUGAGAUGUGACAGGAGGCAUUUGGACAGUGAACAUAAAUGUUGCAAUGGAGAUGGAAACUCAGCCUUCUAAAUGAAAAACAACCAUUCCCCAGCGGACUGCAGAAGAAACUCGACUGGCCACUGCAAAGGAGAAAACAACCUUAAAAGUUUUAGCAGAUAAAACUCAAAGAGGAAUCUAUGACAUGGAAUUCACAUAUUCUACUCUGCUGUGCCCAUAUCUGUAUGUAUCGCUUCAUUGUUAGUCAGGACAUAUUUAUUUAAUGUGCAUCUAUUUUUUUGGCUCUUAUUUCUACCACCAACAAUUAAGUAACUGAAAAACAUUUUAUAUUUCAGAGUAAAAUCAUUCUACAGUAGGAUGAAAGCUCACUGAUUAUUGUUACUUUUUUAUCAAUGGUUUUGAUAUUUUUCUACUGUUAUCAUCAUUCCUGUUCAGGCUAACUUGGAGAAAAAUAAUUGUAUGUGAGAGUGAUUUAAAAUACCUAGGUUUCUUAUCUGAGUCCCUUGUAACUCUGGAAAUGAGUUUGCCUUCACAACUGCAGUUUAUUUUUGUAAAUAAAUGUGUUCAAGUCUCAAGAGCCAAAGGUAUUUUGAGUCAUAGGAGUUUUCCAUAACUUCUUCCUUUGCCCCAACAACAUAAGAUCACAACUUAAAUGUCACCAAAGUUGUGAUAUUAUGUCUAAUUCUAUGUACUAUAUACUGCAUAACCCUUUAGAAGGAGAUUUACUGGGUUUGCAAGAAAACCAUUUAGUUAAUCCUAAUAUUUGAUGCAAAGAAAAAAGGCAAUAGAAUUGUAAAAAGAUACAAUAAAUUUGCCUGACCAGAAACCAAAGUGAUUGUUAAUUAUACAUAUCAGAAUAAAACUCUAAUAGUUGCACAAUCUGUAAAAAUUACCACAGCAGCUCUCACAUUUUGAUAAUUUGUCUUUCCAUGUAUUUUUUUCAUAUUAGAAACUAUUUAAAGCAAAGAAAAAGAAAAGUUAUCUGGCUAAUGUUAGAGAGAAAUUUAAUGGCGAAUCUUGGACUUUGUUCACAGAUCAUACUAUACAAAAACUAAUUUAUUUAAUCUCCCAUCUCCUAAUUAUUUUAUAUUAUGUGAACAAAUUAGUCAUUUGUUCCAAAUGAGGACAACAAAUCAUGAGAAAACUUAUCAACAGAAAAAAAAUACAGCUAAGUUUUUUUCAUACAAUGUUUAUAUUCUGAUCUAUUUUAUUUUAGUGUUUUUUUUUUCUUUUAAAUGACAAUGAAUCCUGAUUUUCAAUACCCUAAAAUUGUUCAGUGAUUUGGUUGUUGUACUACCAUUUGUUAUCUGUACAAUCUGAUAUUUUAUGGAUGGUUUCACUUUUAUUUAUCUUGCUUUCCAUUCCCCUAAGAACAAUAACUUAAAGUGUCUGUUCCCACACUUGAUCAUUGAUCACAGAGAAUUUUGACUACUACCAACCUUGGCAAACUGUAUAAUAGGUGUUUUAGGAUUUAUAGUAUUUGUUAUUUUUCAAAAAAUAGUGAAUACUUAGUAUUUCUUAACUGGUGUAUGAAAACAAUUGCAUUUUUAUUUUUGAUAAGUCCAAAUCUUUGAUUAAAAUUCAAGGGAGGGCAUGUCUUAGGUCUUAAGUCAUUAAGAGCUUUCUAAUGGAAAUCAUAUGUAAAAUUUCUAACUUAAAAUAAGUUCUUUUACAUAGUGUGCUUCCAGGUGUCUUGAUUUUGAAAAGUCUAGUGUGUGUUGUGUUCUGUGUUUAUGAAAUAAACAUCUUCCUAGAGCAAUUAAGUUAAAAUAUUAUUUAGAUUAAAUGAUUCUUUAUUGCCAAGGAUGAAUAGUAGUAGUUGUCUUGCAUUAAUCCAAGAGAAGAGUCCUUCGUGCUCUGCCCAGUCACAAUAACCAAAUUUCACAAUAUGCUCAAGUGGUUAGAUGGGGGCCGAGAACCAGUCAUGUUUCCCUCUUCCUAAUUGUAUCAUAAAAGCAGUUUUGGGUGCCGGCGCUGCAGCUCACUUGGCUAAUCCUUUGCCUGUGGCGCCGGCACACCGGGUUCUAGUCCCAGUUGGGGUGCCAGAUUCUCUCCCAGUUGCUCCUCUUCCAGUCCAGCUCUCUGCUGUGGCCUGGGAAGGCAGUGGAGGAUGGCCCAAGUGCUUGGGCCCUGCACCCGCAUGGGAGACCAGGAAGAAGCACCUGGCUCUUGGCUUCGGAUUGGCGCAGCGCACCGGCCAUAGUGGCCAUUUGGGGGGUGAACCAAUGGAAAAGGAAGACCUUUUUCUCUGUCUCUCUCACUGUCUAACUCUGCCUGUCCAAAAAAAAAAAAAAAAAAAGCAGUUUUGGGAAGGAGCAUGGAUGGGAGUGAGAAAGGAGAGAAGAAAAUGUAUUUUUUUUCAAAUGGGCUCACUCAACUCUUAAAACUAGAACAUUAAUAUAAAAACUUUUAGUUUUAAGAUCAAAGUCAACAUUUGAGAUUUUCACAUGUUUACCCAAAGGUUUUUGAUUAAAGUUACUUUAAAAGGGAAUAGAAUAUGUAACAUUUGUGGGAAGUAAUAAUCAGAAUUAGGAUCUAUAUCUCCAUAGUCUGGAAUACGAAAAAUGGAAUCUGACAGAAUAAAAGUUUUCUUUUGAUUCUACCAUCAAAAUCUUUCCACAGUUUUUCACUUCCUGCUGAUUCUGUUUCUGCUACUGUGGUUCCAGCUGCAGUCAUCUUGUUUGGGUUACUGCGCUAACCCUGUAACCAUUCUGCCCUUUCAUUUCCUUGCUACCAGUCUAUUGCAGUAGCCCAAGUGACUUCAUUGAAAUGUGCUAUUACUCCACACCAAAAUCAUUCCCCACUUUGCUCAGAGUAAAAGUAAAAUUUAUGAAAUGAUCUGCAAAGUCCUGCAUGAUCUCUUUAUCCCUCUGACCUCUCCUCUCUGCUGCCAGUAUUAUUUUCUCAAGGCAUAUAGGACUUCUCAUUGUUGCUCAUGCAGACCAGGACUGGUCCUGUCCAAGGAUCUUCCAUUUGCUGUUCGCCCUACCUGGAAUGCUUUCUACUCUGCUUUCUAUUCAGGUUACUCCCUCACUUCCUUCAGGUUUUAUCACCUUGUUCCCUUCCUAGGGUGGUUUGCCCCAACCCUCCUCUCUCAAACUUAAUCCUUCCUGGUCAUUCCUGCCUCCUUCUUAUUUAAUUUUCUCUGUAAGAAGUGAUUCUAUUGAACAUACUAUCAUAUAUAAUUCACAUACCUUGUUUAUUUUGUCUCUUACACUAGAAAGGAAACCCUGUGAAGGCAGAAUUUCAGAUUGAGUUUCAUACUGUAUUCAGCCUCAUGGACUAGUGUCAGAUACAUAUUUGGUGCUCAAUAUGUUUGCUGAAUGAAUUGAUGAAAGUUAAGAAUAUGAGGUCUGAGGCCAGAAUGUAUAGGUCUGAAUGUUGAUUCCUCAGAUUACUAGUUCACUUUGAGUGAGUUUCUUGACCUCAUAUGGUUCACAUUCCUUUAUGUGUAAAAUAAGUAUGAAAAUAAAAGGUAUACAAUUUUAUGAGUAAAUACAUAUGAAGUACCUAGUACUUUACCUGGCAAGGACUAAGUUCUCAUUAACAUUAUAUGCUACUGUUUUAUGAAAUGCAUAUCACAUAUUUCCCUAAAUAACACACAAAAUAUUAAAGAAGGACCAUAUUCUUGUUGCAGACUGGCAUCUUUUCUCCUAGGAGCUUUCUUCCUACUUCCACUAUUAUAUUCCAUGAAAAAUACCCACCUAAUCUUGUUGUCUUAGCUCUAGUCCCCUAGAAUCACAGUCUAAGGUAGAAAUUCUCAUAAACUGGAUUAUUGACAGUGGUCUUAAGAGAAAUCUGUGUGGAAGUGAAAAAUGCAGGAGAGGACUGAAGAAGAAUCUAGGCAAUUAAAUGGUUUCAUGGACACCUAACUUCAUCUUUCCAGCCUGACCCUAAGAGCAUCCUGGGGCAUGAAUUGCACAACUAUACUAGCAUACUAGCAUCCCCACUGAGACUUCAAUCUCCUUCUAUGUCAAUGGACCAGUGGUUUCCAGAUGGUGCAGUAUGUGAUGGGAAAAUGAAUUCCAUGUAUGUGUUCCUCUGCUAUGCCUCUCUUAUAAUAGAAUGCUUCCUUUGGCCUAGGGUAAAAUGGCCAAGAAAUUCUGUUCACCCUCAAAUGCUGGCACUGGCGAAGGCACUGUGCAAAGGAAAUGUAUACCUAUAACUAGAAUAUGCAUUAAUUCCAGUUAGGAUAAACCAUCGACUUUUCCAAGAUGGAAGAGAUAUAAUGAAAUAAAAUUGUUACCAGAUGUAGUAACUACUUGGAUUGCCCUCAUCUUAUAUUGUAACGCUUCAUAACAGUUCCACCUCCACUUCUGAUCCACCUUCCUGCUAAUGAACCUGGGAGGCAGCAGAUAAUAGCCUGCAUACUUGGGUUCCUGCCACCCAUGUAGGAGAUGCAGAUAGAGUUCCUGGAUCCUGAUGUUGGCCUGGCCCAGGCCUAGCUGUUGCAGGUGUUUAGAGAAUGAAAUAGCAGAUGGUAGACAUUUCUUUCUCUGUUUUUCUUUCACUCUGUGCCAUUUUGCAUUUCAUAUAAAUAAAUAGAUAAAUAAAUACCUUAAAAAGAAGAUGUGGCACCACAUGACUAAGUGGUCUCUUUAAAACUGUACCGUAUCAGGGAGACCAUAGCACUGUUUGUUGCUGAAAAAAAAAAAAAAAACACUGAAUAGCAGUAGCUAAAUUAGCCUUUGUGAGAAAGAGUUCAUUCUGUUGGCCCAUGAAUUAUCUUAACGUCUGACACUCUGGUGUUUCCACUCACGAACCCUUUGUGCAAAUAUUAAGGUAACUAAGAGUCUGGUUGGUAUUGAUUGAUUCAAUCAUCCUGUCUAAUUAAUUGUAUAGUGCAUCUUGUGCAGUGGACGCUCUGUAAAGGACAUGAAUUUGUUACAAAAAAUUUCACCCUUUUUGCUCACUGUCACAGGUAUAGUCACAUACUCUUUUGCAGACAUUUAUAAGCUUCAUCUUUUAAAUUCAUCUCCUUCUAGCAUAUGGUUAACCAGCUAAAUGAUUUUCCACUGCAUCCACUUUUCAAGGAAUUUGCAGACCAUUUUUCUAUGAAUAUAUAAGGUAGACAACCAAGUAUACUGCCUGAAAGCAUUUCUACUUGGAGGAUUUCCCUUCACCAUUGUCUGCUAGACUCACUCCUUGGAGAGAGUAGUGCACACUAACCACUUUUGGAACUCUGUUAAUAUUCAAAGUUGAUUCAUCUAGAUUUCAAUCCAGUUUAUUUUAUAAACUGUUUCUAGAGAACUAUCUGAUGGACUCUGUAAGUGUUUGAUGAGUAAAAAUUGUGGACAAAACAGUGGUAAAUGACUUCAGAAUCUGGACCCCUUGUUUACACACUGAAUUGUGUCUUCUGGAUCCAUUCAACCCCAGUCUUGCAUGUGCCACUUCUAUCUUACAAUGUAUUACAACUAGGAUUACCUGAUUUUAUGAACUAGCAUAUCUUAUAGAUAUCUGCUCCUAAGGACAGCUUUGGUGUUCCAUUGUCAUAUAUUCAAUCUCUACCAUGUAUUCAUGUGGGAGCAUCUUGACUCUUGAUAAGAUUUUCUAAUAAUCUAUGGGUUGCACUAACUACCAGAUUAUAUUUCUUUAUAUCUUUUCAAAGUGCUACAAUAUUUUCCAAACAGAAGGACUACUAUGAUCUACUAUACAGUUUCCAGAUGACCUUGGUCCUUGAGACUCUAUGGCAACUAACUUGGAAAGGUGUGUUAGUAUUGCACUGGGAUGAACUGAUGUGGGAAUUGUUUUUGAUUCUUCUUCAGAGGUAUUAUUACAAAGAAUGUAUUUGAAAGAUCAGCAUUCACUGGCAUAUAACAGAGGCUUUUAAAAUCUGGUCUAGUACAAUAAAGCAGCUAUAAUUAGGGAUACUAAAUGGCUAAAUCCACUCAAUUACCAUAAUAUGUCACCUUUUUGUAGGAACCAAAAUUGCAUCAAAUGGGAAUAUUAUGGAGACUGUAUCCUGCAUUCUUUAAACCUUUAAGGAUUUUACUGAUUUAUUCCAGUAUUCCUAAAAUAUGAUAUUGUCAUGUUUACUUUCCUGGCCAGAAUAAGUAAAGGUUGCUACAAGAUAUCCAGCUAAACUUAAGCUUUCUCUACUAAAAUAGCUCAUUCUCCACUGGUUGGGACACCAUUGGUAUGGUUUCAAGAGUCAGUAUGUAUACUGUUUUAAUUAUAAAUUGAGAAAUGAGAAAAUGACUACCUGUAAAGGUCUGUGGACCCAUUGUGAAGUGGAUCUGACCCUGAAGACUACUUAUUAUCUGGCUUCCAUAUGCUCCUACUCUAAAAGUAAUCGUACCGAGUAUUUAAGAAAGCAUAAAUAGAAGCACUCUGCACAUGACAUAAUUACAAUGUAAAGAUAUAUUCUAUCAUUAACAUACUAUAGCAAUAUUGGACAAAGAAUGAAACUAAAGUUGCAGAGUGAGAGAGAGAGGGAGAGAGAUAUUCUCCAUCUUUUCAUCACUUCUCAGAUGGCUGCAAUAGCCAGACCUGGGUUGGGUGGCAGGGGCACAAGUACUCGAGCCAUUUUCAGCUGCCUUUCCCACUCCAUCAGAAGGUAUCUGGAUCAGAAGUGAAGCAGCCAGCACAUGAACUGGUGCCAAUAUGGAAUGCUAGCAUUGCAGGCAAUGGUUUUAUCCACUGUGCUACAACACUGCCCCAUUCUCAAUUCUUGAGUGAACUGUAAUGGUUGUGUAUUUGAGUGGCUAAAAUUGUUUGCAUGAUACUUCCAUGAUUUCCUUGUUCUAAAUAUGCUUUCUAUGUGUUAUGUACCCCUUUUAAAGGCUAAUUUAAUUUGGUUCUUGGUGAAUAAAUAAUACAUUACAUCAACUGAAUUAAGAAUUAUAAUUAUAUAAUCAUAUCAAUUGAAGCAGAAAAAGUAUUUAAUAAAGUUCAAUAUACAUUUAGAAUAAAAAUAUUGAAUAAGUUAGGCAUAAAAUUAACAUUACUCAACAUAAUAUAGGUUAUAUAAAACAAACCUGUGUCCAAGAUUGAAUGGAAUAGGGAAAAGCUGAAAGCAUUAUUUGUGAAAUUUGAAACCAGACAAGGUUGUCCACUCUCACUGCUCUUAAAAAUUCAAUAUAGAGCUGGAAGUUUAUCUAGAGCAGUUAGGCAACAGAAAGAAAUAAAAGACAUACAAAUUGGAAAGGAGAAAAUCAAAUUAUCUCCAUUGAUUAUUUGAUUUCAUCUGUAGAAAAACUCAAAGAUCCACUACCUUUAAAAGACUAUAAGAACGGAUAGAUAAAUUCAUCAAAAUCUCAGGAUAAAUGAUCAACAAUCAAUAGUUAGUAUGAUUAUUAUACACUAAUGAAAUCACUAAGGAAGAAAUUAUAAGAUUCAUGUCAUUUACAAUAGGUAAAAACAAAAGAUAAAAUCUAGAUAUAAAUAUCAUUAAGUAUGUGAAAAACUUUGAUAAUGAAAAUGACAAAACACUAAUGAAAGAAAUUGAAGAAGAUGUGCAGAAAUAGAAAACCUCCCAGGUUUGUAAAUUGGAAGACUUAAUAUCAUUAAAAUAUUCAUACUAGUGAAAGUGAUUUAUAAAUAAAAUGCAAUUACCCUAAAAAUACCAACAAUAUUCUUCAGAAAACUAAAAAAAAUCAAAAUUCAUAUAGCUUAAUAGUCUCCAAAUAAACAAAGCAAUCUUGAAUAACAAGAAUCAAACUUGUGACAUCAUAAUAUCUUAUUCUGAAACAUAAAUUGGAGCCUUAGUUACAAAAACAACAGGCUACUGUCAUGAAAAUAGUCACAUAGACUAAUGGGACAUAACAGAGAUCCCAGAAAUGAAACCACAGGAGAAUCAACAGAUUCUUGACAAAGACAUAAAAACCAUACAUAGGGCUGGUGCUGUGGCGCAGCAAGUUAAUGUUCUGGCCUGAAGCGCCGGCAUCCAAUAUGGGUGCCAGUUCAAGACCUGGCUGCUCCACUUCCGAUCCAGCUCUCUGCUGUGGCCUGAGAAAGCAGUAGAAGAUGGCCCAAGUCCUUGGGCCCCUGCACCCACGUGGGAGACCUGGAAGAAGCUCCUGGUUUCUGGCUUUGGAUCAUCACAGCUCCAGCCAUUGCAGCUAAUUAGGGAGUGAACCAGCUGAUGGAAGACCUCUCUCUCUCUCUCUCUUUCUCUCUCUCUGCCUCUCCUCUCUCUGUAUAACUCUGACUUUUGAUCUCAGUCCUUAAUGUGCUGUACAUUGUGAUUUAAUGCUAUAACUAGUACUCAAACAGUAUUUUUCACUUUGUGUUUCUAUGUGGGUGCAAACUGUUGAAACCUUUACUUAAUAUAUGUUAAACUGAUCUUCUGUAUAUAAAGAUAAUUGAAAAUGAAUCUUGAUGUGAAUGGAAGGGGAGUGGGAGCGGGAAAGGGGAGGGUUGUGGGUGGUAGGGAAGUUAUCGGGGGGAAAGCCAUUGUAAUCCAUAAGCUGUACUUUGGAAAUUUAUAUUCAUUAAAUAAAACUUAAAAAAAAAACAUACACUAGAGAAGUGGUCUGUUCUAGAAAUGAUGUUGGGAACACUGGGUAUUCAUAUGCAAAAGAUUAAAUUUUGAGCCUCCACCCACGUUAGAUCCUAUACAAAGUCAACUGUAAAUAGAUGAGAGAUGUAAAUCUAAGAUCUGAACCUAGG